UGGUCUAUAUAGCUGUUCUAUUUCUAUAUACAGAACCACUGCUUUGUCAACCUUUGAGUUCAUUUCUUCAAAGAUUCAAGUAUUGAUCUCAUUUCAUAACGGCCCAGCAAUUUUUCUUGAGCAGUUUCUGGUUUCUCUGGCUUCAAUUCUUAUCGGCCCUGCAAUUUCUCAAGCAGUUUCUGGUUUUUUCCUGGAGAAGUUUUUGAGUGGUAUUUAAUGACGGUGAAGACCAAUGGAUUUGUGGAAGGUAGUCUACCAGAGGAAUUGAUGAAGAUACUUUUAUCGUUGGCUUUGAAUUGGGGGGAUGUUAUUGAUAUGAAAAGAUUGAAAGUGAUUCAUUUAAGUGGUGCUAUGACUAAUGAGGUUUAUCAAAUAAGCUGGCCCACAAAGAGGGAAGAUGUUAUUCAGAAUGUUCUGGUUCGGAUUUAUGGGGAAGGUGUUGAGCUUUUCUUCAACAGGGAAGAGGAGAUUCGGACUUUUGAGUGCAUAUCGCUUCACGGGCACGGACCUCGGCUUCUCAGGCGGUUCCCGGAGGGGAGGGUUGAGGAGUUCAUCCAUGCCAGGACACUAUCAGCAGGGGACCUUCGUGAUCCCGAAAUAUCCACUCUAAUAGCAGCAAAAAUGAGAGAAUUUCAUAAUCUUGAUAUGCCUGGUUCGAAAAAUGUUGUCCUUUGGGACAGACUGAGAAAAUGGCAUAGUGAGGCCAAAAAAUUGUGCUCAACUGAAAAUAUAAAGGAAUUUAGCUUGGAUACAUUGGCAGAGGAAAUCAAUACACUGGAGAGGGAGUUGUCCCAGGACUACCAAGACAUUGGGUUUUGUCACAAUGAUCUUCAAUAUGGUAACAUAAUGAUUGAUGAAAAGACAAGAUCCAUCACUUUAAUAGAUUAUGAGUAUGCUACUUACAAUCCUGUGGCCUAUGACCUUGCAAACCAUUUCUGUGAAAUGACAGCAAAUUAUCACUCUGAUCAACCUCAUGUUUUAGACUUUAGUAUAUACCCUGAUUUAGAAGAGCGUCAAAGAUUUGUGUGCACAUAUCUCAGUUCUUCAGGCCAUUGUCCCAGUGACGCUGAAGUAGAGCAGCUUGUCAGAGAUAUAGAGAAGUACACACUUGCCAACCAUUUGUUCUGGGGCCUAUGGGGCAUUAUCUCGGCAUAUGUAAACAACAUUGAGUUUGAUUACACGGAAUAUGCUAGGCAGAGGUUUCAACAAUACUGGUUGAGAAAGCCCCAACUCUUGGGACUCCUCACUUGAUGACAACCUGAAAAAUUCUGCAGAAAUUACUACAUGAUGAGUGCUUCUGUAAUUACGGGAUCGUCUAAAAGAAGAUGUAUGUAAUCUUAUCUCUACGUGUUGAGAGGCCAUUUUUAAACUCGUGACGUACGUAAAAAGACGAGGGUCUCCAAAGUGGCUAAUCUUUGUGUUUGAAUUUGUGAGACACUUUGGGACCAAGUCAUGGUGAAUCAUGUACCAUUAUAAUAAUAUGAUUGUUUCCUCUGAUUUUUCCUUUCCACUAUUUCUUUCUAAUGUAUACAA